GUGCGUCAACGCGUUGCCUCGACUCUCCACCCGGCAUUUACCGCCGCGCAUUCCCUACCUUCGCCCGUCCGAACUCCGAAUACCGCACAUGUACUCCGCGAGUGUGCUGUGAAAAUUUGGAUGUUUUCUUGCAAUUAUGGGGCCGUGUAUUUUGUUACUAGUGAUGUGCGUCGGACUCGUUGUGGCUGACAGGAAGAUGACUGUCGCUGAAAAGUUGAAGGAAGACGCAGAUCUCUCUCAGUUCUUGGCGCUGUUGGAGCGGAACGUAGUGGCCAAUACCAGUCUUCACUACAGACAGAUGACCCUGUUCGCGCCAACAAACGAAGCUUUCCAAAGAUACAUGGGUGAAAUGGACGAUAACCUCGUCCUGUACCAUAUAUCAAACCUGGCAACCACGCUGACAAACUUGGAUUAUGCUAUUUCUUCGGAAUUAGAUGGUAAUCCUCCAUUAUGGGUGACUAGGCGUCACGAUGCCAUGCACGACGACAUCUAUGUAAACAACGCUAAAGUGUUUAUUUCAAGAUCAUAUCAAUCGGUUAAUCGAAACAAUAAAAGACAAGUACUCCAUGUGAUAGAUCAAGUUCUGCAGCCACUUCAGCCUCAUGGUCCUGGCUCCGUCAGCUCUCCAGUCUAUAGCCCUAAUGCAUAUCAGUUUUUAGAACACUCUGAUGUCUUCAAUAUUGGACAGCAUCGCCUAAGGUCUUUCCGUCAAAAAGUGAACCAGCUACAAAAAAGCAAAGUAUUUAACGCGGAGGGCCGGCAUACAUUCUUCAUUCCAGUUGACGAAGGAUUCGAGCCUGCAGCUAGGUCUGACCUGAUAGAUGAGAAAGUAAUAGACGGUCACGUUAUUCCUCACCAUGUUCUAUUCACGCACGCAACCCCCGACGCCAAAGAGUUUGAAACCUUGGCAUUUGGAGACAAUGUUAAGGUCAUUGUGUCGUUCAGUACAACCAUGAACGGUAAAGAGGAAAUCACUUACGUUAAAUCGAAUACUGUGGCUGGCGACGCGAAGCAUAGCCGCGGUGUUGUAUUAGCCGACAUUGUCCGAGCGAAUAUUCCGGUGAAAAAUGGUGUAGUGCAUCUAAUCCAAAGGCCGCUGAUGGUCGUAGACACGACUAUCAUCAACUUCUUGAAGGAAAAAGAGGAUGGUCCACUAUGUAAAUUCUACGAAGUGCUUAUGGAUUUGGGACCCAACAAUCAAUUUUACACCGAACUCACUUUGGCUAAAGAUAUUACUCUGUUCGCUCCUUCAAACGAAGCAUGGGCUGAACUUAGUGUUCAAAAUAUUAUUAGAAACCAUCAGAAGCUAAAAGAAAUAUUAAAUUUGCAUCUAGUACGCGAGCGACUUCCUAUGGACGCCAUAAUCCACAACAACAUGAAUCAGCUCCCCGGAACUAUCUACCAAGCUCCAACGGCGCUUCCACGCAAAUACUUAUACUUCAAUAUUUUGACGCGUGGACAAAAUCAAACGCUGACAGUGGAAGGUGGUGGUGUUAAUGCGACAGUGAUCCAACCAAAUAUCGCAGCAACCAAUGGAUUCGUACACAUUAUUGACCGAGUUCUCGGAGUACCUUAUACUACUGUGUUUGAAAAACUAAAGGCCGACCCCAUGCUUAAUAUCACCUACAACCUCGGCAAGAGACAAAUGUUCAAUCAUCAGUUAAAUGAUAUGGAACAUCGCUAUACAUAUUUCGUGCCGCGGGACCACGCCUGGUUGAAAUUCCAAAUUCGGCACCCUUCUGCGUACAAAGCCCUUUUCAGAGAAGACUUCGGUUAUUUCACCAAGCAAAUAUUAGAGCGUCAUGUGAUUAGGGCGGGACGUGCUUACACUGUAUCCGAUUUAAAACUGCUCGCGAAUGAAACGCAUCCGUUUGUUCUACCGACCUCCCGCGAUCCGCUCAGGUUGCGUGUGAAGGAAUCUGAUAAAAAUUAUUACGUCGAAUGGAACGGCCACUGGAUCCAUGUCUUCAGACCAGAUGUCGAAUGCACUAAUGGUAUUAUUCAUGUCAUCGACGAGCCAUUCGUUUUGGAGAGCGACAUCCGAGCCACAGGCGCAUCUGAACGUUUAAAUCUACCAUUUCUCGUUCCAGUUUUGUCAGCUUCGUAUUUUUUGGCUAAGCUUUUCGAGAACUAAACGAUUAUUUUUUUCACAGUCAAUUACGUUUCGCGAUUGUUAUUACUGAUUUUUAAUAAAAUGAGUUUUUUGUAAUUUCAUGCACUAACAUAAUUUACGAUAGCCGAUUGUGUUUGCGUGAAUCAUCAGAUAGACUUCGUUUAAAUUUAAAUCACAAAAGUGACUUGCAUUUUAACUAAUAUAAUAUUGUACUGUUUUUACGUAGUGAUCCAAAUAGAUUGGAUUGAAUGAAAACACUGCCAAAGAAUUUUGAGGCGAAACGGCUACAAAAUUUUAAAACUUCAUGUAUUGAAUCAAAUAUAGAAUACUUAAAUUAUAUUCGAAUUCUUAUCCAAAAACAAAAUUAUACGUUUUAUUAAAUUUCUCAUCUUUCGUGCCUUCUUUAAAUUGAAUACUAAGGAUUCAUAUUUUAAAACCACCAACAUAUUUUAAACUAUUUAUUUCACUAUUUAACUGUUUGAAAAAAAAAAAAACUGUUCUCAUCACAUUCCAGGUUCGGGAAUACUUUUAUACUUAACCUUAUAUUAGUUAAUAAAGUAAAAUACGUUUGGUUGCUUCAAGUACCAUUUUAAAAACGUUAAAUACUAAACUCCUAUACCAUAAUCGUCAAAUAUAAGAGUUGUUUAAUAAAAAAAAGAUUAGCGUCUCGAGCUUAUGAAACAAUUACAGCAAUACAGCGUUAGCCGUGAACGGAGUCGUUCUAAGAAGGUUUUAUGAUUUUAAUCGCUGCAUGCUAAUAUACCGCGUUUUCAAUUUGGGUAGAUAUUAUAAAUUUACAUAUAAACACUAUUAUUAAAUGUAUUGUAAAUAGGAGUGAAUGUGCUUAUUAGAGGUGCAUUUGUGAUUAAUUAUUUAAAAAAAAAACAAUAAGCCGAUGUAAAUAAUUUUUGUAAGUUAUAUUUUAUUAUUUUUAAUUUUAUAACGUAGCAUUUUAUUUGAAUGCGACUGAAGAUACUAUCGAACAUUUUGAGAAAAAAAAAAUUACAUACAAAUUCACAAAACCUGAUAUGGAUAAUACCGAGUUUUCGUUGACUUUACAAAAGCAUGGAAAUUGAAGAUAGGGCAUUAAAUUUAGCAAAUAGUACGGACCUAUUUAUUUUGGUUCCUUAUUCGGACACUCACCAGACCGUCAGACGGUGGGCAGAGACGUUUUUAUGAUAACUGUAGAUCACUCAUGUCUCAUAAUAUACGUCAUUGGCAUACCUGCCUACCUAGACAAUAAACUUGAGUUUAUAACUUAAAAAAAUAAAUAAGUGGACUAUUUAACUACCUAAUAAGUCGAUCGGAAUGCUGCUACUUGCUGCGACCAAUUUAUUAAUUUUAAAUGAUAAAAUAAAUAAUUAUACGAUCAAUUUUAGUAAUGUUAAACCAUUAACCGCUUGCAGUAUUUAUUUGUAAUAACUAAUCAUAGCUUCAUUUUGUAAUUAAUUAUGAAAAAUGAAUUAAUGAAAACUCUGGGUCAAUGGGAAGAUGUUGGCCCUCUCUGUGCUUUGUACAGUAUGUUCCAUGGAGAGUGCUCACAGUAAUUGUUUGAUAUGAUUCUGUCAUCUCCUUCCACCAUCAAACCGCCUGUCACCGAAGCAGGCCGGUCACCGUUCUCGCCGAACCCGUCACUUGGGACGAAGGGCUCGAUGAGUAAAUUACCCAUAGACACAGCCCACUGAGCUGCUCGCCGGAUCUUCUCAGUGGAUCGCCUUUCCGAUCCGGUGGUAGAUUCUGCGAAGCAUUGCUCUUGCUAGGGCCAGUCUUAGCAACACUCCGGUUUGAGCCCCGUGAACUCACCUACAUGUCAAGGAGAAGCUGAAAUAGCAUUUCAAGGCUAUCAGCAUAGGUAGGAAAAAGAAAAAAAUCCGCAAACUUGGAACAGCUGCACCCAUCGAAAGUGCGUUCUAAGAAAUCCAUUUGACCACGGACUAAUUAACUCUGGCAUGAGCUCCCGAGCCCUAUAACGUGUUCUUCUUUAACGAGGUUUGAAAAGAGUUGGCAAUUUUUAAUAAUUUAUUCCAAAUUUUUAUACUUAUGGCAGCAUUUCAAAAUUAGUUUCAUUCUACGCAAUCACGUGUAACGACCCCAAACUACUGCAAAACUCAAAGAAGUUAUGAAUAUUUUGUUGAUUAAACUAACCCUGGCGAUCGUAAAUGAUAAUAAGUACUACGAAAACUCGGAAUACUGUGUAUUUUAGAAUACUAAUAGGUUAAAUACAAUUUACCAUUUUUGAAAUUCUGAGAAAUAACUUUACGAGUAUUAAAAUUAUUUGCUUCAUACAGUUGGUUUAUAAAAGUCGGAAACUGUUCAAACUUUAGCACAAUUUGAAUGAAAAUUAUCAUGACGAUAUCAAAUAUAAGAACUUCUAUUGUCUAUUUCUGUAGUUGUGUGAAAUUCGAUAAGGUAAUAAAAAAUCAAUUAACAUUUAUAUUCCUUAUAAAAUGCGUUGCCAAUAUCAGAGCAUGAUCACAUCGAUUUGUAACGAUUUUUGAAAUUUGUAUAGUUAUAAGCUACUUUCAGUAUAUAUGUAUCUUAUAGAACACGAUAACCUUUGUCGACGGAUUACCAUUUAAUUAGUUUAAUUUAAGCCAAAGCUAAAUGUUAAAUCAAUUGAAAAAUGUAAUGAAUAGAUGUUAUGGGGAGACAUUAUUGGAAAUUUAUCAUAGCAAUAUCUAUAAUUUAUAGUGUUGUUAAACUAUGUAUAGUGAAGGGUUCAAAUAAUCAAUUAUAUUUGAAAGCCCGAGACAAUAUGGAUUCGACCAUUUAUUUAACAAUGUUUGGCUAUUUACUAGUUUCGAAUUCAAUUAAAUAGUAAGUGUUUGAUGUAUUCAAAAUACUAUGUCAAAUUAGUCUAAAAAGUUUAUGGCGAAAUGUUUAAUGAAAAUGAAUUUACGUGUAAAAUAAAUGUAAUAAACCUA